AUGGCGAACCGGGACGGCGUCGUGCUCCUGUACACGGCCUCGCCAGGCGGGACGCUCAAUGGCCCGGGCAACAUGCACGUCCUCAACCGCGAAGAGCAAGAGAGCCAGAUGGACAUCGAGCGCGGCCGGCUCCAGCGGCUCCUUAGCACGACCAUCUUCGUCUGCUUCUUCAUCCUCUUUCUCGAUGGCACGAACCGCAGCCAGCGCUUCGCCAAGAAGACGGCGUCGCACCAGAACACGCAGUGGCCGUACACGGACAAUGACACGGAGCGUGCGACCCAAAUCGCCUAUUUCCAGCAUCUCUUGGGCCUCGAGAUGGCGGCCGUCCAGCCACUCGGCCAAAUGAACAAGAGCGAAAACGUCUCGGGCAUCUACUCGGGGCUCUGGGCGCCGUUGCAGGCCGCCGACUACAAGACGCAAGCCGCGGCCAACGAAGUCGGGCGCCGCGUGCAUCCCCAGAUCCAGCCGUACGCGCAGUACGACGCCAACCUCAACCCGUACACGGCCGACGUCGCGUCCUUCUCGCCGGGUGGUGUCUUCUGGCUCGUCCUCACGAUCAAGGCGACGCCGGUCGCCGAGAUGAACGACGACGUGGCAUACGUGACGGGUCAAGUCAUCAUGCACGACAAGCAGUCGACGCUGGCCAUGACCAUGUUCAACGUGCAAGGCGUCUUCCUCCGGCGCAUCGGCCGCCUCACGCUCUACGGCAACCUUCCGGACGCGCGCGUCGAGCUCAUCUACCUCCUGCUUCGGCAGCUGCAGCUCUCGUCGACGCAGGCCAUGGCGGCCAAAGUGAGUCUCCUCACGGUCGGCGCCCAGGCCAUUGUCGACUCGUACUUGUGCCUCGCGCACUUGACGGUCGGCAUUGUCGCGCAGCAGAUCUUUACGUUGUUUGCGACCGUGUCGUUCUUCGAGCUCAUUAUUUUCUCGAUUUUCGAGAUGCGGUAUCUCUUGGUCAUCUGGAAGGCCCGCCGGCCGCAGAAUUUCACCCAAGGCUGGCUGCUCAUGCGGCGCGAGCUCACGACCUUGUACUCGCGUUUUUACAUUUCGCUGCUCACGGGUCUCUGCCUCAUCUACUAUGCAUGGCACUAUCUCAACGUGCUGGUGUUGCUCGCCUUUUCGUUCUGGGUGCCGCAGAUCGUCCACAACGCCCACCGAGAAGUGCGCAACCCGUUCGACUGGGUGUACAUGCUCGGCAUGUCGGUCUCGCGCCUCUUUCUGCCGCUCUACUUUUACGGCUGCCCGAGCAACUUUUUAUCCGCCUUGCCCGUGUACCAAAUGCAAGUGCAGCCAGGAAUGUGCUAUCUCCUCGUGGGCUGGGUCGCGUUGCAAAUUGCGGUGCUGCUGUUGCAGCAACGCUGCGGCCCGCGCUUUUUUGUACCCGCACGGUUCCUCCCCGUCAAGUACAACUACGAGCGCCGCAUCAACGCCGACCAAAUGUCGCUCCUGCGGGCCAACCAUGGCGACGAGAUUGAUUGCGUCAUCUGCAUGGUCGAGCUGGACAUGGACGCCCGGGACUACAUGAUCGCGCCGUGCGACCACAUCUUUCACCGUCCGUGCUUGCAAGAGUGGAUGCACGUCAAGAUGGAGUGCCCCACGUGUCGCUGCGCGCUCCCCGAGCCCUAA